UUAGAUGUGGAUGAACAACGAUUACAAGAUUUGGGUUACAAACAAGAGUUUAAGCGAGAAAUUAGUUUGUUUGUUCAAGCGGGUUUUGGAUUUUCUACGAUGGCUGUAUUACCAAGUUGGAUGGUCGGCUUUGGUUCCAGCAUUAACGCUGGUGGGCCAAGCUCACUUUUCUGGGGUUGGCUCGUUGUUUCCCCCUUUGUCAUGUGUAUUGCUUUAUCCAUGGCAGAAGUCAUCUCGGCCUUUCCUUUGGCAGGUGGUGUUUACAGUUGGUCUUAUCUCUUGGCUAACAAAAAAUGGGGUCCAUGUAAGUUCACCUUUUAA